AUGUAUAAUGGGAUGUCUGGCAGUGUGUAUGGCAGUGUGUAUGGCAGUGUGUAUGGCAGUGUGUAUGGCUGUGUGUAUGGCAGUGUGUAUGGCAGUGUGUAUGGCAGUGUGUAUGGCAGUAUGUAUGGCAGUCUGUCGUACAGUGUGUCUGGCAGUGUGUAUGGCAGUGUGUAUGGCAGUAUGUAUGGCAGUCUGUCGUACAGUGUGUCUGGCAGUGUGUAUGGCAGUGUGUAUGGCAGUCUGUCGUACAGUGUGUCUGGCAGUGUGUCUGGCAGUGUGUAUGGCAGUGUGUCUGGCAGUGUGUCUGGCAGUGUGUCUGGCAGUGUGUAUGGCUGUGUGUAUGGCAGUGUGUAUGGCAGUGUGUAUGAAAAUAUAUCUGGCAGUAUUUGUGACAGGAUGUAUGGCAACGAUUUGACCGCAAGGCGCUUACAGAGGGUAGUGCAUAUGGCCCAGUACAUCACUGGGGCCAAGGCGCUACAGAGGGUAGUGCAUAUGGCCCAGUACAUCACUGGGGCCAAGGCGCUACAGAGG